CGCGGUCAUCUUGAGUCCGUAUCUGGGUGACUUCUUGGCGGUCGUGUCGUUGACCGCUCCCCACCCCCAACCCCGCUGCGGUCCCGCGCGCCUCCCGCCUUCCCCUCCCCCCUCCACCACACUCGAGUCCCCUCCGGGCCUUCUGUCCCUGGUCGAUCGGGCUCGGCGCGCCACCGCCCGCCGCCGCCGUCGUCGGGAGGAAAGAUGAAUGGGAGGGCUGAUUUUCGAGAGCCAAAUGCGGAAGUUCCAAGACCAAUUCCCCACAUAGGGGCUGAUUACAUUCCAACGGAGGAAGAAAGAAGAGUCUUUGCAGAGUGCAAUGAUGAAAGCUUCUGGUUCAGAUCUGUACCUUUGGCUGCAACAAGUAUGUUGAUUACUCAAGGAUUGAUUAGUAAAGGAAUCCUUUCAAGUCAUCCCAAAUAUGGUUCCAUUCCUAAACUUAUAUUUGCUUGCAUCAUGGGAUACUUUGCUGGAAAGCUUUCUUAUGUGAAAACUUGCCAGGAGAAGUUCAAGAACCUUGAGAAUUCCCCUCUCGGAGAAGCUUUACGAUCAGGACAGGCACGACGAUCUUCACCAACUGGGCACUAUUCUCAGAGGUCAAAAUAUGACUCAAAUGUGAGUGGUCAUUCAUCUUUUGCAACAUCUCCAGCAGCAGACAACUUAGAAAAAGAGAUGCUUCCUCAUUAUGAGCCAAUUCCAUUCAGUGCUUCUUUGAAUGAAUCUACUCCAACUGGUAUUACUGAUCAUAUUGCCCAAGGACCUGAUCCCAACAUUGAAGAAAGUCCUAAAAGAAAAAAUAUUACAUAUGAGGAAUUAAGGAAUAAGAACAGAGAGUCAUAUGAAGUUACUUUAACACAUAAGACUGACCCCUCAGUCAGGCCUAUGCAGGAAAGAAUGCCAAAAAAAGAAGUCAAAGUAAACAAAUAUGGAGAUACUUGGGAUGAGUGAAAAAUUGCAUCAUUGGACCUACUGAAGGAGUUUAAGUAUCCAGCUUCAUCUAGGUGGUCAUGAACAUCUGCAUGCUUUGAGCUCAGCAGCAGUCUUCAUAAACACAUUUAAAACUAGAACCUGGGUUUUUGUGGUUUGGCUUAUUAAGAUGAUGUUUUAAAAACUCAGACUUUAAUAUUGUGUGAAUGUAGUCAUUUGGGGAACUCUUUGAAUGAUGGUAUUAUACCAUGAUUAUACAUAGUUUGUGAAAUUGUUUUAAGUUACAGGGCAAGGAAACUCUGUUAUAAAACUUUCAAGAGAAUGUAAUGCUCUACAAUCACUGCAUCUGGAAAUAAAUGAUAUCUGCAUGUUGAAUUGGGGUGGGGGGGAGCAAGCAUAAUUUUGAGUGUUAAACUUUACAUCAAAAUUAUUUAAACGCCUUUCUCCAGUGUUUGCUGUAUUCUCUUAGUGUUUAUGGUAAAUAAAAUAUAAAGGAACGUGUAUCUUCA